AUCUAGGUGGAGUUGACUAAGCGACGUUCGGUUGAGGUUUCGUCUCGUGUGACCGCACGAUGCCACACCUGACACCUCCGUCUGAGGUCGGUGUGUGAUUUAGAGUGAUGAUGCACAAUUCGAAGCUGAGUGUUUCUCGAGAACAGCGAAUAGGCACUAGUCGUUCAUCCGAAAUUACUCAACGGUGCGUCGUUAAAUGACGGCAAUUAAUCUGCCGUGUACAGUAGGCGGUAUGAUGGAUGUAUCAGCAACUCUAAGAAUAACGAAUUUGGACCCACAUGAAACGACAUGUGUCUCAUAGUGUCUAUCGUAGUGGCCGUUUGUAAACAGUUUUCAUAGUUAUCAAAAUGCAAUAUGCGGUAUAUAAGCCAGUAGAGUACGUAUUAUAUUUCGGGAAUAAUGUUUACAUUCAUGUUUUAACACAGCGACGUACCGAGAAACCAGCAUCCUUUAAUCAGUUGCCUUCAUCGAAGCGCAAUGUGUAAUGUUUGGAUUACUUUAUUGCAGCGUAAUGAGGGCGAGGUAGUAUAGACUGUGAUAAUAUUCCGUUCGAUGUUUUACGUUUUGUUGAAUGACGCAACAAACAGUUUCGUAAUUAUAAUUUUAUAGGAACGAAUAAAAUGCAGUUAUCUGUUGUACAACGUUUCAAAUUGAUGCUAUGCGCUUAAAAAGUUUGCCCUUACAGUCUGUUACCGAGGCUCAUAUUUAUUGUACUUGUGGCUGAUGUCAUACGCAGUCGAGCGAGCGUCAGCUUCGUGGCGGGACAGACAGAAUUAACCGCGUUGCCGGUCAGGUGCCACAGGUUGUCGUCUGCUAGACACAAAUUAGGAUUGAAGACUGAUUCACAAAAACAAUAAAAUGUGUGGCAUAUGGGCAGUUUUUGGCCUGGCAACAAGCACUUCUGUGCACUCAAACACCUCCUUCUCAAAGAUAAGUCACCGUGGCCCUGACGCAUGGCGCAUAGAACAUGACAAACGAAUACAGAACAGUUGCAUUGGGUUUCACCGUUUAGCAAUUGUGGACUGUAUAUAUGGAAUGCAACCAAUGAAAAUACAUGCCUAUCCUCAUCUCACCCUUAUAUGCAAUGGGGAGAUAUAUAACUGCAAAAAUUUGGCACAGCAGUUUGGAUUUAAGUAUGAAACCAACUGUGAUGUUGAGUCAGCAAUUCACCUUUUUGCCAAAGGUGGAAUCAGCAUGUGUGCUCGCCAUCUGGAUGGAGUUUUUGCCUUGUGCAUCAUAGAUAGCAACAAGCGCCGUCUCUAUCUCGCCCGUGAUCCUUUUGGAGUGAGGCCCCUCUUCCGACUUCGAUCUGGCUCAGGAGUUCUUGCUGUGUCAUCUGAAGCUAAAGGGCUUAUGGACAUGGCUCGUGAUCUUGAAGGAAGUGCAUGGAAAUUGGAACCAUUUCCACCUGGAGUAGUAGAAGCCUACCAGAUCAGAGAUGAUGGAACAACUACUCUUUUGCAGUCAGAAAAGUACUACAAUAUUGGAAGCAAACCAGCAGCAAAGCCAUUUGUGCCAUAUGAUGACUUCCAUCCCACUGACAUACAUGCCAAUAUUCGUACCCUUUUGAGGUCUGCUGUGAGGAAGAGACUGAUGUCUGAUCGCCGAAUUGGUUGCCUGCUUUCUGGUGGCUUAGAUUCCAGUCUUGUUACAGCACUACUUGUGCGUUUGGCUAAAGAGGAAGGCAUUUCAUACCCGAUCCAGACAUUUUCUAUAGGUAUGGAUAACAGCCCAGACAUUAUUUGUGCAAGAAAAGUGGCUGAGUAUCUGGGGACAGAGCACCAUCAAGUCCUAUUUACCCCUGAGGAUGUAAGACAAGUGCUGGAUGAUGUCAUACAUACUCUCGAGACCUUUGACAUUACAACUAUACGGGCUUCUGUGGGUAUGUACCUAAUAGCACGAUACAUAAAGGCUCAUACUGAUUCUACUGUAAUAUUCAGUGGGGAGGGUGCAGAUGAGUUGUGUGAAGGAUAUAUAUACUUCAGGGAUGCUCCAGAUGCUGAGGCAGGUGCUGAAGAGAGCUUGCGCCUGUUGAAAGAUAUUUAUCUUUAUGAUGGACUUCGUGUGGAUCGUACUUUAGCAGCAUUUUGUUUGGAAGCGCGUGUACCAUUCCUGGACCAGCAGUUCACACAUUACUUCAUGGGUCUUCCACCUGCCAUGAGGUGUCCACAGAAAGGGAUAGAGAAACACUUGCUUCGGUCAGCAUUUGAUGAGACAGACUUACUUCCAAAAGAAAUACUGUGGAGGCACAAAGAAGCCUUUAGUGAUGGUGUUACAUCAAAGAAGAAGUCCCUCUUCAAUGUGAUACAGGACAUUGUGGAAUCUCAAGUGACUGAUAAUGAGAUGGCUGGUGCAUUGAAAAAGUAUCCCCACUGCACACCCCCUACAAAGGAAGCAUAUUACUACAGGAAACAGUUUGAGAUGCAGUUUCCAAAUCAGUCACACCUGAUACCAUAUUUCUGGAUGCCACGAUGGGUGGCUGUUAACGAUCCGUCAGCACGGUUCAUCAGUCACUAUUCAGCAGACAGUGACAGUGCCCAAGGAUAAUGGCAUUGCUCAUCUGAUGAAUUGUUGCAGAUGGUAAGGAACACUAUUUUGCAGCAAAAAGGUGUUGCAGCAGACAACUUAAAAUGCUUGACAUGGAGAAUUUUAAGACUAUUUUAUUGUUUUGAAGAAGACCAUAUUCCACUUUUUAAUAAUUUGUGUAUGUGUAUGAUUUAAGAUUUCGUAAUAAGUUUAUAGCCACAGUACAGACAUCUAUGAUAGUACAUAGUCCUACCAUUCAAACACUUUCUCAUAGGUUUCUAUUGAGUUAUCUUCUUUUGCUCUGUCUGCCUGUGGUUAUACCUUUGUUUCUGUUAAUAAAUGUUUGCAAACAUUACAUUAUUAGCAGUAACAACAGGAAUAAUGAGACACAGUGAAAACUCAUUUUGUAGUCCUCUUUACAACUGCUUCACCUGCUUCUUUGAUGGAGUUGAUGUGAACCAGUAUUAGUUUUAAGUCCAAAAGUUGCCAUAGGGACCCUUCCAUUGUAUUAAUCUUUUAUUUUUGUGUCAUAUUCUAGCACUUCAUCUUGGGAUGUUCAAAGAGUUCAGACUACUACCGUAACAAUACCAUUUUUGUAAACCACGUUGUUGUAUUUAAAUUUGAAAUGCUCAGUGCAUCUUUACUGUUGUGAUUAUUCCAUGAAGAUGUAGAAAAAGUGAGAAAAACAAAUAGAGAAUAUAUAUUUUACAGAAUAAAUUGUAUUCACUCCA